UUCCUGUGUGGUUCUUGAUAUUGAUUGUUGAAUAGAUAAUGGUAUUACUGUGUUAAGUUUACUGUGGCUAAGAGGGUGAGAUUCUAACAAACUAGCAGAUUUUAACGUACAGCUGCACUUAAACCCAUCUUAUACUCUGUACAUCGGAUUAUUAUUGCAGUCCAUCAAGAGAGCCAGACAAAUCGUGGCUUUCUUUCUCAGUUCUCUAGGCAGAGAAGGUUGAAGAAGCACAAGUAUGGGAGAAUGGGGCUUCCUCUCCAAGCUGUUGGACAAAGUGCAGUCUCACUCCACAGUCAUCGGGAAGGUGUGGCUCACUGUACUCUUUGUCUUCAGGAUCAUGGUUCUCGGGGCCGGAGCAGAAAAGGUGUGGAGUGAUGAACAAUCAAAAUUGGUCUGCAACACGAAGCAGCCAGGUUGUAAGAACGUGUGCUACGAUCACACCUUUCCAAUCUCCCACAUUCGCUUCUGGGUUCUCCAGAUCAUCUUUGUGUCCACACCAACACUCCUGUACUUCGGUCACGUUCUGCAUGUCCUCCACAAGGAAAAGAAACUGUGUCAGCUUGCCGAAAGCCAGACUGAGACUAAAGGCCUCAAACAUCCCAAAUAUACUGAUGAUCAUGGAAAAGUUAUAAUCAAGGGGCAAUUGUUAGGCAGUUACCUGGCCAGUCUGAUUUUUAAGAUCUUGCUUGAGGCUGCGUUUAUUGUAGGCCAGUACUAUAUUUACGGUUUUGUAAUGAUCCCUAAAAUAGAAUGCUCCCAGUCUCCUUGUCCUCACACUGUAGAGUGUUUCAUGUCUAGACCUACAGAGAAGACAAUUUUUAUCAUCUUUAUGCUAGUAAUGGCAUGUGUUUCUCUGCUGCUGAAUGUGGUAGAGAUGUUCUACCUGAUUUGCCGCAGGUCAAAGAAAUAAUAUGAAGCGUAGAGUUCAUUCCCCCAAGACUUAAAUGUAUCCAAAAUGCACAUUACAGGUAUGGCAAGCUCUAAAAAAAUUUGAGGCAAAAAAAGAAAAAGAAAAAAGAAUGGGUUCACCCAAAAAUUUUAAUUCUGUCAUUAUUUGCUCACCCUCAUGUUGUUCCAAACCCAUAUUACUCACUUUUUUCUGUGGAACACAAAAUAUUUGUAUUUUUUUUCAGAAGAUCUCCACACAUCUUUUUGCCAUAUAAUGAAAGUGAAUAGUGACUCUGGGCUGUCAAGCUCCAUAAAGAACAAAAAGUAAAUAAUGUUAUUUAAAAAUGAGUUAAUAAUGACAUAAUUUUCAUUUUUUGGGGGUGAUUUAUUCCUUGUGCUGUUAAAGAUACAGUAGCUAAAUAAAUCUUGUCUCAGAAUGUUAUAAUUGAUAUUUGGACCUGUAUUUGAAAAGUAUUUAAAUUUUGUUAUAAGUUUGCACAAUUUCAGUUUCCUGUUGUAUGAUUAUUUGUAUUUUGGACAAUGUUUUGCGAGAAUGUUUUUGUGAGUUGCAAGAAUGAAUGCUGGUGGAUAUCUGUCAAUCCAUAUGGUAUUUCAGGUAAUUUUAUAAAGAUUUAACACUUGCCUCCAUGGUAUGAUAAGGUAAUGACUUAUCACAUGACUUUCAGUUAUCUUAUCAUAUGACAGUUUUGAGACACUCUUUAUCUACUACCAAAACAGAACAGUAACAAGACUUGUCACCCAUGUAGUUCCAAACUUCCAAGACUUCCUUUCUUCCAUGGAACACAAGAGGAGAUGUUAGGCAGAAUGUUAGCCUCAGUCACCAUUCACUUUUAUUGCAUCUUUUCGAUUCAGUAGAAGUGAAUGGUGACUGAGACUAACAUUCUAUUUUUCACCUCCUCUUGUGAUCCAUAGAAGAAAACAAGUACUAUGGAUUUGGAACAACAUGAGGCUAGAGUGAAUGAUGACAUAAUUUUCUUCUUACUCUGUUAAUUUAAAAUGUAACCCAUGGAGGUCAGUGUGGAACUGUACAUGAGAUCAGUGUUAGUAUUUGAAGUUACUUGUCUUAGUAGGCCCCUGCUGUUAAAUCAUACUAAUUCUUGCACUAGUAGAUUUUGCUGUAAAUUUAAACCAUUGCCUUGUGAACUGGUGUUAAAAUGUGAAAAUAAUCUGUUGAAACACUCAUUGUAAAUAAUGUAAUUGUUUUUCUUAAACAUUUCAAUCUGUGAUACAGAGUCUGUUUAUUUUAUUUUUUAUAAAGUAUUGCUUACCUAAUGAUGUAUGUGGAGACAUAUAUUUUAUUAUUGAGAAAUGUAAGCGCUCUAAUGAAACACUGAUGGAAAUACUUUAGUGGAAGCGCAUAAAUAAAUAAAAAUGGGUAACACUUUACAAAAUAUUCCAUUCAUUAACAUUGGUUAAUCCAUUAGGUAUCAUGAACUAACAAUGUACAACAUAUCUUUUACAGCAUUUAUCAAUCUUUGUUAAUGUUAGUUAAUAAAAUAAAUAAAUAAAUAAAUAAAUACAAUUGUCAUUGUUAUUUCAUGUUAGUUCAUAGUGCAUAAACUAAUGUUAACAUAUAAAAAAUGUAUUACUAUAUUUUGAAAUAAACAUUACCCUGCUGUAAAAGUAUUGUUCAUUGUUAGUUCAUGUUAACUUGUUAACAAAUGGGACCUUUUUGUGAAGUGUUACCUAAAAAUCUUUCAGAAAAUGCACUUGUAAUGGUGAAAACACAUAACGUGGAAUAAAGUUUUACCUUCAUUACUGCUAGAACAGUGCUGACCU